GUGGAGCAUCGUAAUUACAAAAUCGUGUACAGGCGGUAUGCGUCACUCUUUUUCCUGGUCGGAGUUGAUAAUGAAGAAUUUGCUUGCGAGCUGGAUAUAAUGUUUCAUCUUGAAAAAGCACACUUCAUGCUGGAGGAGAUGGUAAUGAAUGGGUGUGUUGUUGAGACAAGCAAGGCAAACAUUCUGGCUCCAAUUCAGCUAAUGGAAAAGGCAUCAUAAGUAAUAUACUCUGAUGUAUGGAAUUCCUAAUAAACCGAUUUGCUUGUGUAGUGUUUAUGUUUUGGAUUUGUGCUGGUAAAACCAUCCUUAGUUUUGUUGUGGCAAAUGCUAAAAUUAUGAGAGGGUACAGUUCUUUGAUUGUUUAGUCA